AUGGUAUCCAACAUGAGUCCGCCGCAGUCAAAAUCCGUUCCAAUCCUUGCUGCGUUUUUCUCGUGCUGUCUGAUGGUGGUGGCGUGUUCCUGUGUCUUCACUGUGCUCACGAUUUGCCUCCACGAACGAAAAGCUGAGACACAUGAAAUGAGUCCAUUGGUGAGUCUUUUCAUACAAUGCGGCGGGUUCUAUUGUCGAAUGCUUCCUUAUAUCCUGAUGAUGCGGACGCCUGACCAUCCCAGAGCACCGAAACCAAAGGUGAUCGCCAAAAGUAUUUUGCCUAUUCAUAGACUCAGUACCCUUCCACUUUUGAAUCUACCUCGACCGUCCACUCUAAACACGGCAAUACAAAGGAAGUUCAUCCAAAACCUUCGAUGCAACCCGGCCCGUCAUAAACUCCCAUCGUAUUUCGAUUCAGUUUUUGCGAUGAACUUUGAACCAGUGGUUCAGUCAAAUCGGAGAAAUGGCAACAACUUCUCAAGAUAUUUAUGCUCCGAGAUAUAUCACCUCCGAGUGGCGAUUUGCAGCAAUGGCAGUGGAUCGGUUGUGCCUAUAUCUGUUCUCGAUAUUCAUAGCCGUUUCCACUUGUGGUAUCAUCAUGCCACACAUCAUCAUGGGACUCCAGGACCAAGAUUGAGAGGAGGAGAAACUCGUCGUUCAAGCUCAAUCAGAACUCAAAGAAAAUGGAAUAAAUUAUGA